UCAGUUCUUCGUCUGAAGUGAGUCUUCGGUCACCAAGAAAAAUUUCAGUUUUAGGAAGAGAUGAAAGUCGGACGGAACCAUAUAAGGUGAAUAAGGAUACCCAACAGCGUGCACGUGCCGAACACAUUUCGACGGAGAAGACGCUUUUUCUCCUCCAUCAUGUCUUGCAGAAGCGCUAGUUGGCUCAUCUGCGUCUUUAUGGCAGUAGCCAUAGCAGCUGACUACAGUGGCUUGAAGUCCACGACAGACUCGUCCACCGUGUCAGCAGUCGGUGAGGACGGGGUGACGGCGGCCGCGGACCUGGCUGACCUGCUGGACGCGAGUAGCGGCGCUGUGGUGACUCUGGUGGCGGGCGAGACGCGCCUGGUGGCGCACAGGGCUGUCCUCGCCGCCAGGUGCCCCGUGUUAGCCGCCAUUUUUGUCCACGACGCGCCGAAGGCCAGCGGCGGCGGCCAGGUCAGCGUCGCGGACGUGGAGGGCCCGGCGCUGCGCCACCUCGUGGCCUACUGCUACACCCUCCGGGCCCCCCAGCUGCGCGGCACGGCCCACCAGCUGCUGGCCGCCGCUGACAAGUUCGGCUUGCCAGCUCUCAAGUCUGCCUGCGAGCAGCAGGUGGCCGCGCAGCUGUCUGCGGAGACUGCGGCGGCUGCAGCUGUGGUCGCAGUCAGGCACGGCACUGACAGCCACAGGCAGGCCGUCGUGGCCUUCGUAAAGGCCCACCUGCUCCACGUGAUGGCCACCCGGGGUUGGGCAGAGGCGAUGCGAAGCCACCCCGAGGACUUGCUGGAAGUGAUUCGGCUGAUGUCUCGUCUGUCAAACGAGACCGAGUAA